UGGGGAAUUUUUAGACCGGGACCUAUCGCUCCUUUUCCAUCGUCAAUGAUUCAAACUCUUAUGUAAACUUCUUCACGUAUUCUUCCUCUCUCUCGUUUCUCACAGACCGUCGCCUGGAAUCUUCAAAUUUUAGUCUACCUCCUUCAAUGGAUCUUUCAGUACAUACUGCAUCUCCUUCACUUCCCUUCCCGCACCACUCUUCACUUCUGUUCAAUUCCUGCAGUCAUUCGAUGCUUCGUCUCGAAUACAGAAGCCUCUACUGGAAGCCCUUGAGUUGGCGCCAAAAUCGCGCUAUAAGAGCUCAAUCUCCCAAUCAAACCCCCAACGACGGUUUCGUUCUCGAUGAUGUCCCACACCUAACUCACUUUCUUCCCGAUUUGCCGUCGUAUCCAAAUCCGUUGCAGAACAGCCAAGCAUAUGCCAUUGUCAAGCAGACCUUUGUCAGCCCAGAAGAUGUGGUUGCCCAGAGGAUAGUUGUUCAGAAAGAUACUCCAAGAGGGGUUCAUUUUCACCGUGCAGGGCCACGAGAAAAGGUGUAUUUCAAGCCAGAAGAAGUGUGUGCCUGCAUAGUGACUUGUGGGGGCUUAUGCCCCGGAAUCAAUACAGUCAUUCGGGAGAUUGUAUGUGGCUUGAACUAUAUGUAUGGUGUUGAUGACAUCCUUGGCAUUCAGGGAGGAUAUAGAGGCUUCUACUCCAAAAAUACCAUGAGGUUGACGCCUAAAGUUGUGAAUGAUAUCCAUAAACGUGGAGGCACCUUUCUGCAAACUUCACGAGGAGGUCAUGAUACUCACAAAAUAGUUGACAACAUUCAGGACAGGGGAAUAAAUCAGGUGUACAUCAUUGGAGGUGAUGGUACACAAAAAGGAGCAGCUCUGAUUUAUGAGGAAGUUGAGAAACGUGGUAUUCAAGUGGCAGUUGCUGGGAUCCCUAAGACAAUUGAUAACGAUAUUGCUGUGAUAGACAAAUCCUUUGGUUUUGAUACUGCUGUUGAAGAAGCUCAGAGGGCCAUUAAUGCUGCACAUGUGGAGGUUGAGAGUGUGGAAAAUGGAGUUGGAGUUGUUAAACUUAUGGGUAGAUAUAGUGGUUUCAUUGCUAUGCAUGCAACUUUGGCAAGUCGAGAUGUGGAUUGUUGCUUAAUUCCAGAGUCUCCAUUCUAUCUUGAAGGCCAGGGUGGGCUCUUUGAGUUCAUUGAAAAACGUCUUAAAGAAAAUGGUCAUGUGGUUAUUGUGUUAGCAGAAGGAGCUGGACAGGGAUAUGUUGCACAGAGCAUGCAUGCAGCAGAUGAAAGAGAUGCAUCAGGAAACAGGCUACUUCUUGAUGUUGGUCUAUGGUUAUCGCAAAAAAUUAAGGAUCAUUUUACAAAGGUUCAGAAGAUGGCAGUAAAUAUGAAGUACAUAGACCCAACUUACAUGAUACGAGCUAUUCCAAGUAAUGCAUCUGACAACAUCUAUUGCACGCUUCUUGCUCAUAGUGCUGUCCAUGGUGCCAUGGCUGGGUACACUGGCUUCACAGUUGGGCCAGUAAACUGCAAGCAUGCUUAUAUUCCAAUCGCUCGUGUGACUGAGAGGACGAACACAGUGAAGUUGACGGAUAGGAUGUGGGCUAGGCUACUUGCAUCCACGAAUCAACCUACUUUCAUAAGCUCCAAAGUUGAGGCCUCAUCGAAAGAAGACAUGUUUUCACCACAAUCCGAAUUCAAUUGUCCAAAUUAAAGAUUCUGCAAUUCUUUCUAAUGGAAGCUAAGAGUUUGAAUUUGAAAUAAGAGAUGAGGGAGAGGAGGAGGAGGAGGAGGAGGAGGAGGAAGGUUUGAGUGGAAAAGGGAGUGAGGUGAAGACACAUAUAUAUAGGGGGCUGGUGCUUUUGCGCAAGCUAAAAAAGGAAAGUGGACGGAGGCUUCACGUGGGUUCUCCGUUGGAGACUGGAAGCAGCUGUUGCGUAAUAAAACUCUUUUUUUUUUUUUUUAUACAUAAUAGUCCUCUUUCUUGAUUUUUUUUAUUGGCUAGUGGGAAUUGGUGGUAUUUUUUUAUUGUCUAGUGGGAAUUUGUGGGCCCAUGCCCAUCCCUUAAGUAGUAAAUGAAAAAUGACGCCACUAAUUUUAU